AUGCUCACCGACUUAGAGGUAAACCAUAUAUUGACCAGAAAUAAUCCUUUGACAGCAAAAGAAGGCACUGAUUAUAUUUGGAAUUCGUCAUACGCUCCAUUCCCAGUACUAUGUAAAUCUGAAUCGUUAAUAAGAGCAGCGAACAACGUAAGUAAAAAAUAUCUCAUAUUUCAAAGAAAAUUAGGAGACCAAGAGAGGACCUACCUAGAAAGAAGACAAGAGCUUACCGAGAAUGCUAUCAAUGAGCUUUUAGAUAAGAAUAGUAUUCCAAAGUUUGAUCACUCAGACUUUCUUAAAAAGAAAACAAAACCCAUAGUUAUUGCUUUGGCGAUAUCUGGAGGUGGAUAUAGAUCUAUGCUUAUAGGCGCCGGAGUCUUGGAGGCCUACGAUUCAAGAACACCGCUGAAUAAUAGCAACCUAGGGGGACUUUUGCAGUCACUUUCUUACAUUGGGGGUAUAAGUGGUGGCUCUUGGUUAGUUAUGAGUAACUUUGUUAAUGAUUUCAAGCCAAUGUAUCAAACAAAAUCAGAUCAUAUGUCUUGGUCAAUACACAAACAGCUCUUGAAAGGGGUACCCAGUUUUGACCCUUCGCCUGAUCGUGGCCACGUAUAUGCCGGCGGCUCUGACGAGGAGAAUGAACCAAUAAGUAGCAACAAGACCAUCAUAAAAGAGUAUGAGGGCUUUUUCGGCAGUAUUCGCAGGGCAUUCAGACUAGGUAAAGCAUUUAUAUACAACAUGGCUGAUAUCAGUAAAGACACUAUUUCUCCAACGGCUGCAAAAGAUUACAAUAAAAUCGACGAUACGGCCGCCGUCUCGGACUCACUCUUUGCUUCAAUAAUAGGAUCAUUGUUCUUAAAGAAUAGCUAUCUAAGCACAAAAAAUUCUUCUCAGAGCUCUCAGGAGCGUAGCUGGAAAGAGAUAUUCAAGUAUUAUAAACAACUACACACUGAAGUAAGAGAUAAGAGAUUAGCUGGCUACUACUUAUCAAUAACCGAUUACUGGGGAAGAGCUUUGGCGAGAAGAAUCUUCCCGAGAGAGGCAAGAGCUCCAGGAGCAACUAUCACUGGGUGCACGAGGUUACCUUCAUUUCUCAAGCAUGAACAACCUUUGCCAAUUAUAUGUGCUGUUGAGAAACUUCCAACCUAUUCUGCAUCGAGUGAAAACUCGCAUCUAUUCGAAUUCACUCCUUUUGAAUUUGGCUCUUGGGACGCAUAUUUGAAUGCAUUUAUACCAUUGAGAUACUUAGGAUCUUCUUUGUAUGAUGGUAAGUCUACCAUCAAGACGAAUGAUCCGAAUGUUUCUAUUUGUACUUCGGGAUUUGAUAAUAUUGGUUUCAUCACUGGGACGUCAUCAUCAUUAUUUAAUCAUGUCUUCAUGUACAUAUACAGCUUACUUAUUGAUAUGAAACUGACCGUUGCUCAGGCGUUUGAAAAAAUACUUAAACCAUUUGGUUUAGAUUCAAAUCUCAAGUCCUUAAUGCAUCCUCAAUUGCAUCCAGAUUACGCUUUAUAUUCCCCCAACCCGUUCUAUGGAUAUCACCAAGUAGGAAGUAAUAUUACGAAGAGUCCCCAUAUGUAUUUGGUGGACGGCGGUGACGAUGGACAAAAUAUUCCAUUCCAUCCAUUUUUAAGAACAGCCAGAAAGGUGGACAUUAUCUUGGCUUUUGACAUGACUGCAGAUGCCUUCAACUAUCCAAAUGGAACGGUUCUUGGAAACUCCGCCAAAAGAUUUCAUAGUGCUGAUAGUGGUAUAGAUCAGCCCUACUUUUUGAGUUUCUGUGGCGAACGAAAAAACAAUUUGUCUAGCUUUCCCAAUGGCUUAAAAGGUAUCGGAAAUGUGAAGUCGCUGUUCCCUAGAGUGCCAGAUGCUAAAGAAAUAGUAGAAACGGGUCUCCAUAAAAGACCAGUUUUCUUUGGCUGCGACUUAGAACUCGAUUACCCCAGUUUAUCUAAAAACGAUAUUGAUACAUUUGAGAAUAGAGAAAUGAUUGAGCAUUACUUACCCCCUUUGAUUGUAUAUACGGCGAAUGCCGAGCUCAGUUAUCCCUCCAACCAAUCAACAUUUCAAAUGAGCUACUCAGAAGAAGAAAUAUACGGAGUUGUUCAGAAUGGGUAUAACUUAGCAACUUUUAUGAACUCAAGCUUCUACAACACCUGCUUGAAUUGCGCAAUCUUAAAACGAGAGUUUGACAGGGCAGUGUUGGGAUUAAACCCGAUGAUCACAGGAAACUUUUCAGUUCCUUCAAAAUGUGUAGAAUGUUACGAUGAAUUCUGUUGGCAUAGCUCAGAUUCUACUCGGUAA